AUGGAAACCAACAGUACUCAACCUGGAAAUAUGCCAUCUGAACCAUCGCUUAAUAAUGAUCAAAAUGAAACACAAAUUGAUCAAAUCGUAUAUGCGAGAAUAGUCAACUUAAGUCAAUCAUCAAUCCUACCAAUGAAUACGGGAAACAUGAUUCCAAGUCAGAUACAAACCAACACCACACAUCAGCAAGAUGAAAUCUUACGGCGUAGACGAGAAGGUCGUCGAAGACGUCGACAAAGACGAGCUCAACGUCGACGAGAGCAACGAGCAAUUGAACAAGCACAACGGCAACGGCGACAUCAACAAGAAACACAGCGUGAACAACGACGACAACAACAACGAGACCUACUACGAGAACAACAACGUAGACUAUAA